AUGAUUCUGUGUUUGCAGUUGCUCACAACCAAAAGCCUAAUAUCAGUGACACGAUGGCCGAUGCGAUACGCGAACCGAGCCUGCCCUAUUGGAUACGCGCAAUGGAGCUCUGGAUGGAUAAACUUGAUGGCAAAACAGUAGGCGAAACAGGCUGCGCAGUUGUGGUCACUCCGCUCAUCCACCGGGUUGUUCGGUGCUUGCGGAGCUAUUACCAGGAGAGAGCGCGGGCGAUGGGCGUGACCGACAUCAACGAGCUGUACAGUGUCUUCUUUCGGCGCUUCCCUUGGGCGACCAAGGAGUACUUCAACUCGCUUGACACCCACUGGUGCCACGUUGAGGACUGCGGUUUCCCUCAGCCCCCGAGCCCGGCGUGGCCGUGUGGCCUGCCGCCUGUCUUCGUCAGCAUGCACAUCCCCUCGCACAUGAUGGACAUGACAAGUGCUGCGCUGAUGCGCUGUGAGGAAGAACGAGCCGCUGCGGAGCGGCGGAAGCAACUGGAGGCUGAGGAGCGCCGUCAGGCUGCGGCUGCGGCCUGGGAUGCUAAGCGUGAGAAGGAGGCUGCUGACGACCGAUGGGAGGCUGCGGUGCUAGCGGCAUUGCCACCCGUGCACGUCGCAGAGCAGCUUCGGAUGGCAGCCAGGGCACGCAGGGAGGCAGAGCAGAGUGCUGAGUCCGCUGAUGAAGUUGGCGCGUGGAAGAUGUUCGAUUUAAACCAGCAGUACGAGUGCAGUGCGCAGGGGCAGGUGCGGCGUGUUGGUGAGAAGGAGCCGAUGCAGGGCACGGAGGUGAAGGGCGAGAUCAUGUUGACGCUUUCUAGCGACAACAAAAAGAAGAUCAGCGUGAGGAGGGCCAACAUCAUUGCAUGGUGCUGGGCUAAGGAUGGCAAAAAGCUUGCGCUUGGGCCUGGCGGUGCUGUGAAGUGCGCGGAUGGUAAAAUGUCGAAGUACAAAGUCUACCACCAGAAGGACACAAAGAACGACUGCGCACGUAACUUGCUGAUCCUAACAAAGCAAGAGGCCCGGCGCCGCGGCCUUGACUGAUGCUCUGACGCGUGUAAAGGCCGGAGGGGCUUGGCACAGCCACGGCGAGGUGUGUGGGUGCAUGUGACACGAACAUAACUGGUUAGGCGUGUGGAGUGCCACGCAGCUUGCGGCUACGAGGUUUGACGGAUGCUCUGACACGUGUGAAGGCCGGUGGGGCCUGGCGCAGCCGCGGCGAGGUGUGUGGGUGCAUGUGACACGAACAUAACUGGCUGGGCGUAUGAAGUUCCGCGCAGCUUGCGGCUAUGAGGUUUGACGGAUGCUCUGACACGUGUGAAGGCCGGUGGGGCCUGGCGCAGCCGCGGCGAGGUGUGUGGGUGCAUGUGACACGAACAUAACUGGUUGGGCGUGUGGAGUGCCGCGCAGCUUGCGGCUACGAGGUUUGACGGAUGCUCUGACACGUGUGAAGGCCGGUGGGGCCUGGCGCAGCCACGGCGAGGUGUGUGGGUGCAUGUGACACAAACAUAACUGGUUGGGCGUGUGGAGUGCCGCGCAGCUUGCGGCUACGAGGUUUGACGGAUGCUCUGACGCAUGUGAAGGCCGGUGGGGCCUUGCGCAGCCGCGGCGAGGUGUGUGGGUGCAUGUGACACGAACAUAACUGGCUGGGCGUGUGGAGUUCCGCGCAGCUUGCGGCUACGAGGUUUGACGGAUGCUCUGACACGUGUGAAGGCCGGUGGGGCCUGGCGCAGCCGCGGCGAGGUGUGUGGGUGCAUGUGACACGAACAUAACUGGCUGGGCGUGUGGAGUUCCGCGGAGCUUGCGGCUACGAGGUUUGACGGAUGCUCUGACGCGUGUGAAGGCCGGUGGGGCUUGGCGCAGCCGCGGCGAGGUGUGUGGGUGCAUGUGACACGAACAUAACUGGUUGGGCGUGUGGAGUGCCGCGCAGCUUGCGGCUACGAGGUUUGACGGAUGCUCUGACGCGUGUGAUGGCCGGUGGGGCUUGGCGCAGCCACGGCGAGGUGUGUGGGUGCAUGUGACACGAACAUAACUGGUUGGGCGUGUGGAGUGCCACGCAGCUUGCGGCUACGAGGUUUGACGGAUGCUCUGAUGCGUGCGAAGGCCGGUGGGGCCUGGCGCAGCCGCGGCGAGGUGUGUGGGUGCAUGUGACACGAACAUAACUGGCUGGGCGUGUGGAGUUCCGCGCAGCUUGCGGCUACGAGGUUUGACGGAUGCUCUGACGCGUGUGAAGGCCGGUGGGGCUUGGCGCAGCCGCGGCGAGGUGUGUGGGUGCAUGUGACACAAACAUAACUGGUUGGGCGUGUGGAGUGCCGCGCAGCUUGCGGCUACGAGGUUUGACGGAUGCUCUGAUGCGUGUAAAGGCCGGUGGGGCUUGGCGCAGCCGCGGCGAGGUGUGUGGGUGCAUGUGACACAAACAUAACUGGUUGGGCGUGUGGAGUGCCGCGCAGCUUGCGGCUACGAGGUUUGACGGAUGCUCUGAUGCGUGCGAAGGCCGGUGGGGCCUGGCGCAGCCGCGGCGAGGUGUGUGGGUGCAUGUGACACGAACAUAACUGGUUAGGCGUGUGGAGUGCCGCGCAGCUUGCGGCUACGAGGUUUGACGGAUGCUCUGAUGCGUGUGAAGACUGACAAGCCGCGGCGUGUUCAUGUAAUAUACUGUGAAA